AUGGGCGAGUACGUUCACUCAGAGCGGGUCAUCAAGCGGGAUCCCGAUGGAUUCUUGAAGCACAAUGUCUUCGAUCUUUUCUCCUUGAAAGGCCGAACGAUUGUGAUCACCGGAGGUGCGCGUGGAAUCGGGCUUGCCAUGGCUUAUGCUGUGGCCGAAGCCGGUGGUAACGUCGCCAUCUUAGAUGCUGCGUCGCAACCUCAUGAACAUUUUCACAGGCUAAAGAAAGAACACGAUGUGAAAGUCGAGUUCUAUCGGAGCGACGUAACCAAUUUCCAGGUCCUCGAAGAAUCCUACAAAGAGGUUGUGCGAGAUUUUGGUAGAAUCGAUGGACUGAUUACUGCUGCAGGCAUCUGUCCCGAUGAGCCUUUCACUAAGCGGAAUCCCGAAUCUGUCGCUCGAUGCAUGAAUAUCAACGUUCUUGGUACGUAUUAUGCCGCGCAACUCGCCGUUGCACAGAUGGAGCGACAAGAUCCCACCGAGUUCAACGUUCGAGGAGGUUCGAUCGUCUUUAUCGCUUCGGUUGCCGCAUAUGUUGCGAGCAAGGGUCAAACAACAAGUGAUUACUGUGCUUCCAAGGGCGCCGUCGUCUCGCUUGCUAAAGCCUUGGGUGUCGAACUGGCAAUGAAAGGGAUCCGUGUUAACAGCAUCUCCCCUGGAUACAUGGUGACUGACAUGACUUUGGAGCUGGUGGACAAAUACCCUCAUCUCGCCGAUAUCAUGGUCAAUGAGCCUCCCAUGAGACGAAUGGGCGACAGGACAGAUCUGAAAGGCUUGGUGGUGUACCUAUUGUCCAAUGCAAGUGCGUAUCAGACCUCGGAGGAUAUAUUGGUCACUGGUGGUAUCCAUGCUGGAAGACUUCUAUAA